AUGCCUAACAAAAAAUCUUCCACACAAAAUUAUACAUUGGAUAUUGCAUUUACAAACAGUAAACGUCAUUUAGAACUUCAGUUGAUAUGUGAAACAAGUUCGUCAAAACUAACAUUUUCACCGACGAACAUACAAAGAGAAAUACGUAUAGGACAAACAGCCGAUAUGUCUAUAUUGUGGGACGAUAUGUUAAGUAAAAUCAAGCCUAUUGAAACUAAAAUGUCAAUUAAUAAUUCAGGUAAUGCAUCGGCAAAUAUCAAAUAUGCACACAUUGUUUUAGUCAAUGGUAGACAGAAGAUGUUAUCAUCAACAUUUCUUAUGAAACCUGAUCAACUGUGGUUGAAACCGUCACAAGAGUCAACUAUUCAAUUUCAAUAUUAUGCGGUUGAUUUACGUGAUUUUAGUUCGAUUGUAAAUUUGAAAUCGAAUUCAUCUGAAACAUUGCUGAAUAUUCCAUAUUAUCUCAAAUUCAAACUGCCUAUUCUUCAAACAACGCCACAUGCUCUUUUUGAUAUUGGAUUAAUCAAUUUUGGGAAAAGUUAUAAAUCUUUCAUCUUAUUACACAAUAUUGGUCAAAUUAGCUUGAGAAUUGAUACGACGGAAUCUGUUAUUAGACAAUCAUUUGUAAAAUCUCUGCCACUUCAACAUUCACAACAACCAGUUUCGAUCAAUCAUCCAAUCGGUAUUGAUCCAGGUCAACAAUCUUAA